CAAUUGAUAUGCAGUGGGAAUCGCGGCUUUUUCUCUCGCUCUUCAAUCUAGUAUACUUCUGACUCUUGUUUUGUCUCCCCGUUCUUGUAUGUCUAUGCGUGUCUCAUGGCUUCACAAACCAAUAAUCCAGCAAGCUCUGAAACUCGCGAACUGAGCUUGAUAUCGAAGGUUGAGCUUAGAAUCGCCCUUACGGAGUCAGAUGACAAACUGGAAGCACUUUUAGAUACUUAUCUGGCACCUCUGCUUUUAAAAUUGGGCUCUGAGAGUACUGCAGUUCGCAACAAAGUCAUUUCAGUUUGUCAGCACAUCAACACCCGAGUUCAAUCUCCCGCCAUCAAGCUCCCCGUGGCAGCCUUACUGAGACAAUUCAAAGAACAAAAUUCUCAGCUCAUCAGACAUUUUGAUUUGCUCUAUAUUCAACAAGGCGUUCAUCGAUUAAGCCCAAGUGCAAAAGUCGAAAUCCUAUUUCCUUUACUUCAAGGAAUAUCUGAAAUCGGCAUAUCCACCAAUCAAGCUGCCACUGUGUUCAACUUGGUUCUGAGGCUUCUUCCUCUCCUGGAACUAUCGCCCAAAGCCAGUGGCAAAGAUCUGGAAUGGAAGUCUCGAUUGGGCCUCUCCGACCAAGAUACGCGAUUUCUAUCAUCUUUGUUUGAGAAGCUACUCAUACUCUCCCCUGCGGAUAAAGAGAAGUCCACAUGUCCGGGACUAUCUCCAGCCGAAUACUCUUUUCUGAAUAAGGGGGCCUCUAUCACCGAGACAUGGAACGCUUCGUCAGAGAGCGGGUUGAAUCUCACUGAGACCAAAGUUAACGUUCUCAAAUUUCUGAGCUCCGGAGCAUUCAGUGACGCCGAGCAAUUUUUUCCCGCUUUGGUUGCAUCUGCGGAUGCUAAUACUCGCCUUUCCGAUAUCGCUGAAGAAAUCCUCAAAAAAGUUGUGCCAAGCCUCGAAGAUACCGAUGUAGUACAACACUUAUAUGACCUCUAUCUGGGUGAAGGGUCACCUGAUGGGGCCGCACCGGCGCGGCCUGCUCUGCAAAUCAAGAUUCUGGUCUUUUUAGGGAGAUCAAUCAAGGCUACUAGGGACACAAAGCGCGUCAUGCGCGUGAUUGAAGAGGGUCUCCUGUCAGAUGGUGCGAGAUCUUUACAGGGAUUGCAAGCUUCUAAGCUACGAACACAGCUGUUCAAUCUUACGACGUGGGUGGUGAGGAUGGGCUUGCUAAGUGAUCUACAAAAUAUGGCACCGAGAUUCAUAGCAGGCCUGGUAGACUUCAUACGGUCUCAAGGAUGGCCGAGCCCAGCAGCAAGUGGACAAAGGCCCCCGCAGAUGGAGCUUAGUCUGCGGGGCAUGGCCUACGAAUGCAUAGGCAUCAUGGUUCCCAAAGCAAACUUUCAAGACCAGAACCAAGAGGACGCUCUGUCUGGAUUUGAGCUUAUUAAAUGGCUGUUUACAUCGCUCAGUUCUGACGAUUCAAGUACUCAAAUUUUCGUCAGUAUCGAACAAGCACUGGGAAGUAUUCUCAGUUCUUCAAUGAAAAAAUGGGAUCAUGACUUCCAAACGCAACUGCGGCCUUUUCUCGUUCAACAGAUGAACAACCACCCUGGACAAGAGGAUCCUUUGACCGGAUUUACUGUCGUCCGCGGCCCUCAGUAUGCUGCAGUACGGUUUGCGAACAGAUUUUUACCCUAUAACGACCUUGUUGCCCGAUGGAUAGAUCUAAUGGCCAUUGCACGCGGUACAGAGAGGCACCAUGAACUGGUAGAGGAAGGAAAGAAAGGUCUGCAUCCUUACUGGUUUCGACUACAGAAUUCUAACCAUGAUCAUAAUUCGUCCUCUAAUGAGCUAUCUGCGUGGUAUUGUUUUCCCAGAUUCCCUGACGCAGUUCGCUUUCUACUGGGCAGCAAUACCUCGCAAGGUGUAUCUAGUUUGUCUGCGGUGGAGACGCUAUCGGGAUCUUAUCAGGACGCUCUCCCAUCGACUAUCGAAUUUCUUCGUAAUAUCUUGUUCUGGGAAUCCAUCUCCGCCUCGGGGGCUGGUUUCGAUAUAGAACAUGAUUGGGAUGUCAAACUAGACAUGUUGGUUUGCUCUGACGAACAAACCCGAUUUGCACUUGGGGAUUACCUCCGAUCUACCGAUGAUGAUUCAAUCGCCUUAUUCCUCUCAAGGGCGUUGGCCGGCUUGUCGCGCGAAACGAAAAAAGGUACCCAUCAGUGCGGCAGGCUCUUCAUCAGCAUAUCGUCUUUGAGUCCUAAUAGCACACUUCAGAAGGUGGUGCCAGAGACAUGGGCACUUAGAAUACCCUUGAGCAGUAAUGACCAAGAGAUACAGGACGUCUCCGCACGAGCUAUUGGUAUCCUGGCUUCGCAUCCGGCACUGUCCGCCAAGGACUUGACUGCACUUGUCACUGAAUUAUUAGAUUCUAUGGCGCAAUGGAAGACUGCGAUCGGCGAGGCAGCACUUGGGGUGAGGGGUGCAGUUAUGGCUUUGUCAUAUUUACUGAGCAGACUUGCCUUCCGCAAGACGAUCUCUAAAGUGCCGGAACCAUACGUGAGACAAUCCAUUAACACCAUAAGUGAUAUGGUGGAGAAUGCUCGUGACUCUCUUCUCUGCCGGGCCGCUCAGGCUGCGGUUGGAAGAUUUGGUCUUUCCAAUCUUCUGUCCUAUUCUGUCCUCCCUGAGUCAAAAUGGAUAAUUAUCAGAGAGAAGCUUAUCGAGCAGGCCAAAGCAGAAAAUGAAACGGCCAUCAUGGCGCUAGGGAUGUUGUCAAUGACCUUCACGGGAAGUGUUUCUGUCGGUGGACGAUCGGAUGGAUUAAGACAAGCCCUUUAUGACCUUCAUGAAAAUCGCAACCCAGAGCUUCACUUCACGGUGGGUGAGGCACUCAGCCAUGCUGCAGCUGGAUGGAGCUCCAAGUCCUUAGUGCUCGAAUUUGAUGUUGACGAAGAGAUUCCCGUGUCCGGAAUCUCAGAGUCAGUCCUCACCGAAGUAUGCGACAAGAUCCUAUCUGACUGUGCCGCAUCAAAACCUUCUUUAAGAAAGGCUGCUGCUAUUUGGCUCUUGUGCCUUAUCCAAAAUUGCGGCCAUUUGCCUCAGAUGCGAGCCCGCCUACGAGAAUGUCAGCAGUCCUUCAGUAGUUUACUUGUCGAUCGCGAAGAAGUUGUCCAAGAGACCGGAGCGCAAGGUUUGAGUCUCGUUUACAGAAUGGGUGACGAGGAAUUGAAGGACGACUUGGUGCGUGAUCUGAUAAAUUCUUUUACUGAGACUCGGUCAAACCUUGGAGGCGGUCGGGUCAACGAAAAUACUGAGCUGUUCGAGCCAGGCGCCUUGCCAACUGGGGGCGGAUCAUCUGUGAACACUUAUAAGGAUAUCAUGAACCUUGCUGCUGAAGCAGGAGACCCUAGUCUGGUUUAUCGUUUCAUGUCGCUGGCUUCGAACAAUGCCCUCUGGACCAGUCGUGCGGCAUUUAGCAAAUUGGGCAUAAGCAGCAUCUUCUCUGAUUCAAGUGUGGCAGUCUACAUUGCGAGAAACCCUAAGAUUUACCCAAAAUUAUUUCGUUACAGGUUCGAUCCGAAUCCAAAUGUGCAGCGAUCCAUGGACACGAUAUGGCGGGCUCUGGUCAAGAGUCCGACAGAGACGAUCGAUGUUCAUUUUGACGAGAUCAUGAAGGAUCUAUUGAAGAGCAUGCUGACGGGGCGAGAAUGGAGGGCUCGUCAAGCAAGUUGCGCUGCUAUCGCCGACCUCAUCCAGGGGCACCAACUGGGAAAGUAUGCUGGGUAUAUGAGAGAGAUCUUCACUAAAGCCUUCAAGCUCCUGGACGACAUUAAAGCAACAGUCCGAGUUUCAGCGAUGAAGCUUUGCCAGACCAUCAUCAGUUCAAUUCUGCGCACCCUUGAAAGAAAUAAACACGAUGCCAGUUCAAUGCUGGAGACUGUCAUCCCAUUCUUGUUGAGCGAAAAGGGCAUGGAGUCUGGGAUUGAGGAAGUCCAAGGAUUCGCCAUCGGAGCGUUGACACAGUUGAUCAGAAAGAGCCCUGGUCAAGCACUGCGCCCAUUUGUGCCUCAUAUCAUGGAACAAUUCUUAAGUUGCUUGAGUUCUCUGGAGCCGCAGGCCGUGAAUUACAUCCACCUCAACGCCGACAAGUAUGGCAUGACGAGUCAAGAUAUUGACAAAAUGCGUCUGUCCAGCAUCCGCACAUCUCCUAUGAUGGAGGUCAUCGAGCGGUAUCUCAUUGACAUGCUCGAUGAAGAAAGUAUACAAGAAUUCGCAUUGAGACUAGAGGGCGUACUGCGCUCGGCUGUGGGGCUUCCGUCCAAAGUGGGCUGCAGUCGUGUUCUGGUACUCUUAAGCAUGAGAACCACACUAUUCCGCCCCUUCGCAGAUCGCUUCAUCCAGCAGCUCGCUAAAUACGUGGUGGACCGCAAUGACACUGUUAGCGCGUCCUUUUGCUCCUCAAUCGGCUAUCUGAUGCGCCUUGCCUCCGAUGGGCAAUUCUUAGACACACUUAGCCACGCAAAAAGGCUUUACCUUACGGCAGAGGACACAAACCAUCGUGCCAUUUCAGCUGAGAUUCUACUUUCGACAUCGAAACUAGCUAAUGACCGGUUCAUGGCAUUCGCCUCAGUGAUACUGCCAUUUGUUUUUGUCUCUAGAUACGAUGUGGAUGAGCAUGUCCGAGAAAUAUUCGAGAAAACAUGGCAGGACAAUGUAGGUGGUAACCGCGCAGUCUCACUUUAUGUGAAAGAGAUUGUCGACCUUGUGUCUCAAAACCUGGAAUCGGCGCGUUGGGCUAUCAAGCAUACGGCCGCACUAGGACUCGCAAAUGCUAUCACAUCCCUUGAUAUUGAGCUUGAUUUAGCUACGAGCGAGUACAUAUGGCCUGUCUUGGAACAAGCGCUAGCUGGCAAGACAUGGGAUGGGAAGGAAGUGGUGCUAAAAGCGUUAGCAAAGUUUGCAACUCAAUCGAGGAGGCUGUGGGAGCUGAAGCCCGAGCUAGUGGAUUCAAUGAAGACUAUUCUCAUACGAGAAGCAAAGCGAAGCAACACGACAUACCGGCCACAUGCACUCGUUGUACUCGGCCGAGUAGCGCAAGCACGCGAAGACCUUGAGUUGAUGCCAGAAAUCAUCGGUAUCGUCACUCGUGUUCUUGAUCAGAUAGAAGACGGUGGGGAUCCAAUGGAGGUCGAUUCGAAUAGCAGCCAAAAAUCCGGGUAAGUCCAGUUGACCUAUAGAGGCUUUCCAGCCGCACGGAGCACGUCGACCACUUUUUACCGGGGCUCUUGAGAUAAUCCUCUUUCAUAGCUUGAUCCGAACCAGGCAAGGCAGAGUAGAUGGAAGCUGACAAAUAAUUUAGACAGGUACUUGACGAUACGUUAG